ACAGGGUAAGGGGAGAGCAGAGCAGGCUGUUUGUGUGGAUUAAAGUGAGCUUCUCUAAAGCUUGGCAGCAUGAGGAGUCUUCACUGAGCUGUUUACCCCUCAAUCAGGGCUAGCAGCAGCGUUUUCUUCUUCACGUCAGUCUUCUAAUGUCGCUCUGUCUGUCUUUCUUUCAGUCUCUUGGUCAGUUUUUCCUCUGUCUUCUCAUGCAUAGCUUUUUAUCUCAGCACACUCACAUCCAAUCUGCAGGCAGGUUGAGUGCUAGCUGUUAGCGUUAGCAUAAGUAAGCUAGCAGGACAGCAGCAGAAAAAGAGUGAGUGAGGGAAGGGGAGAAAGAAGGAGGCCUGAAAGAAGGUGGGGGGGGAUGCCGGCGCCCCCCAGACUGAGGAGGGGGGGCAGCAGGCCGGCUCUGCCCUCGCUCUCAACCAUCGCAGAGGAAGAGGAAGAACAGAGGAGCCGCCGCAAGAAACGCAGGAGAGGAGACUCGGACUGUCACCUCAAAGGCGACGAGAAGAAAUCUUCAAGUCAGCCAGGCUCGUCCACCUCCGGGCACAACACCUACACCAUCCCCAGUCCAACAGAUGUACAGAAUACAACCGGGAGACCUGAGCCACUGGUACUCAAACUCGAUGAGAGGCAGAGACUGGCUCGAGAGAGGAGGGAGGAGAGGGAGAAACAGAUUGCUGCACGGGAGGCUCAGUGGCAGGAGCGAGAGGAGCGUGCACGGCAGUACUAUGAGAAGCAGCUAGAGGAGCGAAGGAGGCGUCUGGAGGAGCAGAGGGUGAAGGAGGACAGAAGGCGUGCUGCUGUAGAGGAGAAGCGAAGGCAGAAACUCCAGGAGGAGAAGGCACGCUAUGAAGCUGUGAUGAGGAGAACUCUGGAAAGGAGUCAGAGAACCAAACAGAAGCCCAACCGCUGGAGCUGGGGAGGAGCUCUCACCACCAGCACCUCGCACAACAGUGGUUUUGAUGACUCUGCUCUCCUCCUGCCGUUGGACCUGGCUGGGCUGGAGCAUUAUCAUGGUGCUUUUAGCCUGGCGCGUCAGCAGCGCCUGCGCACUCAAUAUGCUGACAGAAGGUCAGUCUCCACCAUGAAUCUGUCCAAACAUACAGACCCAGUCAUAACCAAACGUUUAUCCUCCUCUUCUGCCACGCUGUUAAACUCACCAGACAGAGCCUUACAGAAGCGGACGUCCCUUUCUUCCUCUUGCUUAGUAAAUAAAGUUCAGUCUAAAGCGCGAGGUUCCAGAGAGAAGAUCCAACAGGACAAACCCGCAGGUAUGCGUCGUAUGCCUCUAACUCCAUGGGAGAAUACUGUAGUCAACCGCUUGCAGACCCCAACUCACUCUUACCUGGCCAGAAGCCGUAGUGCUAUGUCACUGUCUGGAGAUGCAGUGACCCCCGUUUGUCCUCGCUCAGCCUCCUGUCACCCAAUGAGCUCGCUGUCCUUCAAGUCCCUGCAGUCACGCAGUGCUGAGAGGCCAAUCAGAGCAGGCCUCAGCCUUGAACGACCCAUCAGAGCUGGAUAUGUUGGGCCGGAAACCAUCCCCCGCAGAAAGACGACUCAUAACGUACCGGUUGACAGGAAGGAUAAAGACUAUGUGAGAAAGUCCUGGAGUAAUCUGUCAUAUCCUACUCCAACACUGACCCCGACACCCUUCAAGAGAGCUCCGUCACCGGGUAGCCAGCGCGGCAGAGCCAGUCAGCUGUUGACGGUCAGGAGUUCCGCUAAACCACCUCAGAAGCCUCCCAUGUCCAGAAAGUCCAGAUCUCCACCUCCACUAGCUUCCCUCCCUCUGUCACACAGCAGCCCCUCUCUGUCUCCUGGUAACCUGCGGCCUAACAGGGUGGCAUCAGAGAGCCCCAGAGUCACCCCGGAAGGCGAGAAAGCCAAGAAGGAGGACAAAGGGGCAAAAACAGAGGCAGAGGAGGCAGAAGGUCAAGAGGAGGUGGAGCCAAGACCAAGCACUGCCAAGACAGCAGCAGAGGCCACAACACCAAAAGCAGAGCCUGCUAGUGAGAGUGGUGUUAGUCCUCCAGCUGUUAGAACAUCUGCGGGCACUACUGACCCAGAGGAAGCCUCUCGCCUGCUGGCUGAGAAACGGCGGCAAGCCCGAGAGCAGAGGGAGAGGGAGGAAGAGGAGAGGAGACAGCAGGAGGAGGCUGAGAGGCGCCACAAAGAGGAGAUGGCUCGGAAGAAAGCAGAAGAGAAAGCGAGAAGAGAGGAGGAGGCUCAGCGUCUGGCCGAGGAGAAGAGACAUAAAGAGGAGGAGGAGAGACGCUUAGCAGAGGAGAGGCUGCAGAAAGAGAGGGAGGAGGCAGAGCGCCUUCAGAAACAGAAGGAGGAAGAGGAGGCCCGCCAGCGUGAAGAGGCUGAGCGUUUACGUCAGGAGAGAGAAAAACACUUCCAAAAAGAGGAGGCAGAGAGACUGGAAAGGAAGAAGCGCCUUGAAGAGAUCAUGAAACGCACACGGCGAUCUGAUCAGAAAAGCACAACCCAGAGGAAUGGAGACAUGGGCCAACAGCGUGGUCAGGACUCAGCCCCUGGAAGCCCUUCGGUCACUGUAUCCUCUCCACGAGCCCCUGAGGCAUCGCAAUACAGUGACAAAAAUGGACACACAAACCCCAGCCUCAGCUCUCACACACUGCCCCCUGCUGGACACAAUGUGAGCACAGAAGCCCAGCUCCGUGAAAAUGGCAUCAUCAUGGAGACACAAGCCUUUGAGGAAGUAAUCGAGGUACCCAUGGUGACAAAACUGUCCCGUCAGGAGGGAGAUGGGGAGGAAGAGGACGAGAGGAGGAAGACUCCGCUGCUGGCCUUCAGAGAGAACGGCAGUAGUCAUAACCUGACCGCCCUGGACGACAGCCAGAGCCAGGUCCAAGCAGGUGAUGUCUGAAAACCGGCAAGAGAAGAAUAGGGAAGUAGAUAAAGAGAGAACAUCCAGCUGCUUAUGUUGGAAACCUUCUUUCCUUCUCCUUUUAAUAUCCUCAAGUUGGCACACCUGGAAAACUGAGGAGAAAACAACUAUAUAAAGCUUCCCUUCUCCUCACAAUGUGGACAGCUCUCCUAAAGAUUGCUCUUGUGCUUCCUGCAUUCUGGCUUCUGCCUUGACCCCUUCCAGACUAAAGUGGUAUGUCCCAGGAACAUAAGGAGCAGUAGUGGCCCAAAUCAUUUAUCUACUGUUAGUGGGGGAGCUGGGGUAUGUCUAAAACCUGUGGAUUUAAAUCAGCUGUAAAGUCUGAUCUAAUACUUGAAGAAUUUUUUUUUUUUUCGUUGCUGUUGAGGUAGCCUUCGGUAAAGUGCUAACCAUAGUGACGCUGUCGGAUGGUGAAUGACCUUUGUGAUGUUUAGGUAAAUCUAAUGCAAAACUGACAAGUUUUGCUUUUGGUAAACCAGGAAUGGUGUUUGACUUACUGAUCUCACUGCUUAGUUUUGGAAUUCCUUUAAAGAAUGAAGAGAAAGUACUUUCACCUCAUUUGUGAAGCUUUAAAAUACAUUCGCCUCGUCUCAUCGGUGUGCAUCUGAUUUGAGAGAACCCUCGUAAUGACCUGACCGAUGGUUCAAGAAUCCAAAGACCCUAUCCAUCAAGCACUGUCUAAAACUGUUUGAUUUCAGACCCUGAUUGGCCAAUCAGGAGCUACCCCAUGACCAUCAGAGAGCUUUUUUUUGCAUUUUAGUGGAAAUAAUACUGUUAUUCAAAAGGUUGUGCACUACUCCAAGUUGACCGCUAGUGGCAGUGCUUUCAUCCUACACUGUAGACAUCAGAAGGGAGAAUUUUUCUGAUAUGUAAUGAAGCAGGCUUUAAAAAAUCUCACUCUGUGUGAUCAGAUAUCAUAAAAUGAGGAAAAAUAACAUUUGCAAUGCUGCUACAUACAACGUCCCUUUGCCUUAUCAGAUCAUAAGUGUGAGAUGUUUGAGCAGCUUAUCACUAUGUUGGUGGACCUAUCAUUUGGUUUAAGGGCUGAUUUACCCCCCCCCCCCCCCCCCCUUUAAUUUUACACAUGCAGGACCACAACCAGCUCAGAUCUCUCUUAGAUUCAUCUCAAAUUGCCCAGUGAGUCUGGACUGAUGGAAAGACAUCAGCAGUUUCUGAACACUGUAAUGCUUUAGCCAUGUAACACGAUCAACAGUAAACAAAGGUGGCCAUCCUGCAAACAAUGUCAAUAAAACAGGUUAAGAUACUGUAUAUUUUGUUGAAUGGAUGUACAGAGAAAAUAUGUAAAUUUAGAUAUGUAUACAGUAAAGACACACGUAUAACUGUAAAAGUUUCAAAGUUCUAUAUUUUAUUAAAACUGACACACAGCGAGACACUGAGGUAUAUCAUGAAUGGAGCUUUACUAAAACUGGAAGCCGGGGUCUUCUAUACCAGCUUUAUCAGAGUCUAUUAAUAAUAUUAUACAUAGGAUGAAUAAACCUGCAGCAGCACUUGAUCUCCGAAACACUGGAUGCAUAAGAGCUCUGGCUUGGUUUUAGUUCAGUGGACUAUGCUGGGUUCUUCUUCACCAAGCCUUCUUUUCAUCUCUGUAGAAUCCUCAUUACAGACACACAAAAUGACCAAAACAGAAAUACUUUCUCUCCCCAAGCAGUCAGAUCUGUAUAGCAUGUAAAAAUAUAAAAAGCAAUAAAAUUUUGUUUGGAAAUCACAA